AUGGAGUCCGUGGAAGAUGCCCUUAUCCCGCGAGCUGCUCAAGAAAUCCUGGGGUCCAGGUUUAGCCACUUCCCUCGGCUCCGCUGGACGAAACAGAUUUUUGCUGCCUGCGUGGUGACCCUCAUUCUUGUGGGAAAGACCAGUUUUCAAGAGGAGCCCCGCGCCCUUGCCAUUCGCAGAAAGCCCCCGGGCCUGCGCCUCUGGGAGCCUUUGGGAGACUGCGACUCUUCCGGGAGGCUACAUUUUCGCGAGGCACUUCACCGCAACCUGGGCGGCUUCGGCCCAGACGACGGCGAAGAGAGCAUCGUCUACAGGCUCACAGGUGAAAACGGCACAGAGGUCGAGAUGGUGCUUGUAGCACUGAACCAGGAUUUCAACCCUUGGCAUGCCAAAAAGAUGGGCAUUCGAGAUGGUUUCGCCGUCCUGUCUACGGUGGCGUCCAGCCAGCUCGUCGCCAACGUGAGUUUCCGAGAUCCAGAGACCCGGGAUCCCAUGAUUCUGCCUCAGUUUGCCCUGUCCUUCUACGACAUGAACUGGAAGCACAAGGUCGACAGCAAGAAGGUGGUGAGGGUCCUUGAUGUCUCCGGUAAUUGGACUGAUGCGAUUCGAUCGAACGACUCCUCGGUUGAUGUUCAUCAGAACAUGAACGCCGGUAGCAUCGUCUUGUCUGCGUCGGAACGGGCGGAAGCCCUGGAUGGCCCUUCGGAUCCGAAGAACCUAAGCCCCGAGCACUUGAAGCGAAGCGUCUCGGUGCGUUUCUCGAAUCUUCAGAGCUUCAAGCUUCAGCUCGAGACUGGCGAGCGGGACAACCAUCAGCUGUUUCAGUUCACUCCGGAAGCAGCUUUGCUGUGCUCAACUCCUACUGGACGUACAGCAGCGAUUUCCAUCCCAAAUCGCUGGCUCGAGAAACCCUUGGCAGAAGAUCGCGGCCAGAUUGGGCUUCGUGCGGACGGGUCUGCUUUCCAGCAAUGGUUCGUCGCCCGUGGUGAUGUAGUGGACAAAGGAGAUCAGUUGUAUAGCGUAAUGGACUCCGGCAGCCUGCGAAUUGUGCCAUCACCCGCUUACGGCCAGGUGGUAGAGAUGCUCUCUGAUUUACUGCCAGGGGAUGUUCUAAAGCCUGGCAUGAGGCUGAUGAUCAUCCAGAGGCGGAGCCGUAUACUUUGGUCUACUCUUGGGUGGAUUAUGGCUGGAUGCGGUUGUGCCGGAGUGCUGAUCGCAGCGGCCUGGUGCGGCUCCUAUUCACCCGCAGAGCCUCCGCCACUUGUUCUGGACGAAGAUGACUUCCUCGUGCUCGAGUUCAGGACGCCCACCGGGUGGAUGCAAACGGGCGUUUGGAAGCAUCAGCCUCUCGGUCUCGGCUUUCACAAAUCGCUGCCUGCCAUUGUGGCCUUUGUGGGCGAAGAAGCGGGGCGUUCCGGGGUGCUGGAGGGGGACGAGCUCGUCAGACUUGGCACCGAAAAGCUCGGGCUGCGCCCGAUCCGGAGCAAGUCCUACGAUGAGUUCUGGUCGCAGCUCAGCGGCUUGGUUUCUCAACUUCCUGAGCUGCCCCGAUUGAUGUUGGAGUUUGAGACGGUCGGCGGAAGGUCUCGGAUGUUGGAGUGGAAGACGAAGCCUCUCGGCCUUGCCUUCGGCAAAACGCCGGUAGUGAUGGAGGUGCAUGAAGAGGCUCUCCACAUGAACGUUCGAGUGGGCGACAAGCUGACAGGGUACGGAAUGGACAAAAACAUGCUGCUUCCAGUGGAAGGCAAGCCCUUCGACGAGGUCCUAAACGACAUCCACGGUCACAUGGCAGACUUUCCAACUGCGGUUCGCAUGAUCUGCGUGUUCGAGCUUCCGGACAAGAGCUUGAGAGAGUUCAUGUGGCACGCAAGGCCUCUGGGCCUCUCUUUUGGCACUGCCUCACCGCCCGUGGUCUCCAAAGUCGAACGUCCAGCGGACGUGAAAGGCAUAAAGGAAGGCUACAUUUUGCGACGCUUCGGAAGUGAUUAUCGCAGCCUGGAGGCAACAGAAGAUCAAAGCACCAGCAAGAUCCUCGCCGACAUGCAGAAGUUUGCAAACUUGUUACCCGAUGCCACCAUGCAAGAUGUAAAGGAAUGGUGA